AUGGGACAAAGUCGCCAUAAGAGAGACUGGAUCAUCGACACGUUCACCCUUCAAGAAGAGCUGCCAGGUCCAUACCCGAAACUAGUUGGCACGGUAAACUUGGAAGCAGGGUCACGACUCAUGUAUAAACUGCAGGGCGAAGGAAUAGAUGAAGAUCCCAAAGGACUUUUUCAUAUAAAUGAAGAUACUGGAUCCAUUUAUGUCCACCAGAAAUUAGACUUUGAAAAAAAACGUUUAUUCCAAAUGAAAUUUAAUGCAAUCAACAAAUCUACUAUGAAAGUGGAUACAAAACUCGGGAUUCAUCUGAAGAUCUUGGACAUCAAUGAUAAUGCCCCUGAAUUUAAAAACAAGACUUAUUACAUAUCAGUUAAUGAAAGCGCUGUGCAAGGUUAUACAAUUUUCACAAUGCUGGCCUAUGACAACGACGAAGAAAACACCCCAAACUCUAUAGUCAGCUAUUACCUGAUGUCCCAAACGCCCACUGAUCCCAAUGUCGAGUUCACUAUUGACAAAGAGAAAGGUUUCAUCUCCUUCAAGGGAUGCCUAAAUUAUGAGACUAAUAAGAAUUACAAGUUGGUGAUUGAAGCCCAAGACAAUGGUGUAGAAAAUCAACAGAAAAGCACCUGUGAGGUCCAAAUCACAGUGCUUGAUAGGAACACUCAUCUGCCAACAUUGUCACUAAAAACACUGCAUGCCAAGGUUCCUGAGCAAGCUGUAAACGUAUCCAUCUUGCGAUUGGGAAUCAAUGAUAAGGAUACCCAAUUCACCUCAGCAUGGCAAGCCAAAUUUUCUAUCAUAGAUGGAGAUGAUGAUGAACACUAUACAAUUUUAACAGAUCAAAAGACAAAUGAGGGUGUUCUUAUGGUGAUUAAGGCCUUGGAUUAUGAAAAAAGCACGAAGAGUAAUCUCAUCUUCACGGUUGAAAAUGAAGAACCAAUUUACAAUUGCACAGUCCUUAAGAAGCCCUUAGCAGGAUUAUGGGUUCUAGACAUACCUAAAGCUCGAGCACAGCCAGAGAAACAGAAGAACGAAAUAACAGUAGAUGUCCUCGAUAUGAAUGAUGCUCCCAUUUUUAAACCUCAGAACAUCCUAGUCACUUUAGAGGAACAUUCGAUUCAACCAGGCACUGUGCUGCUGACUGUCCAAGCCAAAGACCCUGAUAUAGUUGCAUCUAAUAAAAUAAAGUACUUUUUGGAGAAUGACACAGCAGACUGGCUAAGUGUAAAUGAAGACACCGGAGUCAUCACCACCAAAGAGCAAUUAGACAGAGAGUCAGAUUAUGUGACAAACAGCAAGUAUAUUGUGAAGGUUCUGGCUGUGGAUGAUGGUGAACCCCCAAUGACUGGAACGGCCACCUUAAUUGUUAACCUGAAGGACAUUAAUGACAAUGUUCCAAAACUGCUAAAUCCCUACAUAACCACUUGCGAGAAAGAGGAGGAGAUACUUCUCACCACACCCAUCAUUGACAAAGACCUCAAACCCUACUCUGGACCCUUCUACAUCAAUGUUUUAGACAAAGAGCCCGAGAAGAAAUCCAUCAAACUAGUCGACUAUAAUGAUGAUAUCCUCAAGGUUAAGAAGUUGAAAGAUGCUUAUCAAGGAAACCACACUUUACUUCUAGAAAUCUAUGACCUCCAAGGCACAGCAUCUCAGGAGACUAUCACUGUGCAUGUGUGUGACUGCUUAGGUGGCGAGGCCUGUAUGAAAAAAAUCGCAGACCCACCAACUCUGGGUGGAGGAGCCAUUGCACUACUUCUCUUCGUUCCAGUAUUAUUUAUCUUACUAUGUCUCCUGCUGUGCAAGAUAGAAACCAAGAAAGUCAUGGUCCCUGUGGAAACUGAGCCUCUGAAUUCAAUGAUUGCAUACAAUGAAGAAUCAGAGAAGUUGGAUUGCAUGGCUACAAAUGUAUUAAAUGGAGUUGGGACCCUGGCUGAUGCCACAACCAAUGACCAGGAGGAGAUUGACGCUGCGUUCCACAGAUCCAGCACCAGAAGGCUUUCAGUAAGUAGAAGCAAAAACUUUUUGCACAGCGGGGAGGGUCGGAGGGAUAAGAGGAUUAAGGAAGGGAGACCAGUGAGCUUUAUUGAAUUUGGAUACCCUGGAGACUUCUCUAAGGUUUAUGAUAGUGUUAGGGGAGGGGACGGGGAACGCUUUAUGACAUCAGCAUUGAUCAUCCAUAAUAAGGCAAAAGUGGGUCACUUUGAAAGUAUACAGAACUAUUCAUUAAAAACUCAAGAAGGAGCUGUUGCAGGAGCAGGAACUUUUGAUCGAGAAAACAGACGCAGACAUUCGAACAACUCGUUACGAAUUCAAGAAGGAGCUGAAGGAGUAGCUGGAGCUUUUAAUCGAGCAAACAGACGCAGACAUUCGAGCUAUCACAUUGGGAAGAGACAAAACUACGUUCAAAGAUUCAACUCCUUGAGAAUUCAGCAGGCAAAUGGUGGACAUUCUGAUAAUUCCAAUUCUUUGCUAAGCAAAUAUGCCAGGACCCUGGAGACAGCACUAGUAAAGAAAAAUGGUGGAAAUCAUGCUAAUUUUAAUUCUCUGCAAAGAAAAUACUCCAGGACUAUGGAGACAGCAUUAACAGAGAAAUUACAUGCCCAAAUGAACACACAUUACAUUUACAAGCCUCAUGUGUAUGCCGAGGAGGGAGAACUUUCUCAUGCUUCUUCUCUGGAAGCCAUCAGCAUCCCAGGGAGUAGUGUUAACCUGUCAAGUCUUCAGAGCUUUGGGUCUAAGUUCAACAUUCUGGAGAACAUUUGUGAAGACCACAUGGUGAAGGUUCCCACAACUGAACUUUAA